AUGGUGAACGUUCCUAAGAUCCGCCGGACAUUCUGCAAGAAAUGUGGGAAGCGCCAACCCCGCAAGGUGACACAGUACGAGAAGGGCGAGGAUUCUUUGUAUGCCCAGGGGAAGCGGCGUUACGACAGGAAACAGCGUGGCUAUGGUGGGCAGACUAAGCGUAUUUUCCACAAAACGGCUAAAACUACGAAGAAGAUUGUGCUGAGCCUGGAGUGCGUCGAGCCCAACUGCAGAUCUAAGAGGAUGCUGGCUAUUAAGAGAUGCGAGCAUUUUGAACUGCGAGGAGCUAAGAAGAGAAAGGGCUAA